AGAACGAGCUGCGCAAUUUCUAGUACGUAGUAUUCCUAAGCAGUCUGGUAACCUAGUUAAUUUUAAAGCAGUGUAUUUAACAUGGCAAGUUAUGUAGGGAUCGGUUGUAAGUCUGGGACUUCCCUGGAAGGACUGGACCUCUGUUGUGUGGAAUUUACUGGAGAUCGGGAUACCGAUGUUUGGGGGUACCGCAUCGUUAAAGUGGAAACUGUACCGUAUGACCAGGAAUGGACUUCACGACUAGCAGGUGCGCGAGAUCUGAGUGGAGAGGCACUUAUACGACUGCACUCCGAGUAUGGACAUCUGAUAGGAAAAAUGAUCAAGAAAUUCAAAGAGAAGAACGAUCUUGAUGUCGAGUUCGUUUCCUCUGAUGGACAUACGAUUUUUCACAAUCCGGCACAGAGUUACACAUUUCAGCUAGGGGACGGGGAAACAGUGUCUCGGUAUUUAGAUUGUCCGUUUGUCUGUAACUUUAGGAACAAGGACGUAGCGUUUGGUGGUCAGGGGGCGCCUUUUGUUCCGUGUGGAGAGAAGUAUCUUUUCCAGGCCUACGAUAUCUGUAUAAAUCUUGGUGGAAUUGCAAACAUUGGUGUACAUGGUAAUAAAGGUUAUGACAUUUCACCCUGCAACUAUGUGUUGAACAAAUUAGCAUCUUGCCACGAUGUGUCCUUGAACUAUGACCCAGAUGGAAGGAUUGCAAGUCAAGGUCAUGUGCUGAAAAAUGUGUUAGAAAAACUAGAUUUACAGUCUUUUUACAGGAAGCCUCCUCCAAAGUCGCUCAAUGUGAAAUGGAUAGAUAAAAACAUCCUGCCUAUCUUAGAUACGACGUCGUACAAAAUUCCAGAUCUGAUGAGAACAUUUGUGGAGCACGUGUCUUGUAAACUGGUGGAGGCAUGUCAGGAUGUCCAGUCUAUUCCGGACAAACGGACACCGACCAAGAAGAUGACCGUCUUACUGACCGGGGGUGGGGCCUUCAACAAAACGCUAGUAGACGUGUUCCGAAGGAAGUUAGAAAAACUCGGAACACACCUGGUGUCAUCCGAUAAAGACACGGUCUGUUUCAAGGACUCAUUGAUAUUUGCCUUUCUGGGACUGAAGUGUAUAUUUGGUGAACCUAACGUGUGUAAGGAGGUGACGGGUGGGGUAUCGGACUCUGUGUCGGGCAGUAUACACCUACCCGUAUCCACGGCUAACGAUUAUUGUCUGACGUAUUUUCGAAAGAAAAAGUCGAUCAUUUAGUUUUGCGUUCGAAACGAUUUUUCCUAUCAGUGUUAAGCAAAAAAAAAAAAAGGAAAAUCAAACCAGCUUAAAUGGAUAGUUUUAACUUAGCUAAAGAGAUAAUGUAUUUAUCAAUGAUAUACAAGUGCCACGAUUUAUUGUUCCCUGUUUAAGUAUAACGUUUAAAAGCGGUAGAAGGGGGUAUAUUUGUUAAAAUAAAAGUAAGGGAGCCACCUGUAGGGACGGGGCGAAGAGAUAGAAAUGUUAUCUUAAAGAUUAAACAUACGACGGCCUUAGGUAAAUUCUAGUGACUGUCUGAAUCAUUUGUCAAAAGUAAAAUUAAUGGAUGCAUUUUCAAUAACAAUGAUAUCUCGUAUAUCCUUCAAGAAAUCUUUACAGGUGCACAAUGCAUUUCGUUCUUACUUUAAGUUUUAGACAUAUAUAUAGGUUUAUUCACCAAUCAAGGGCCCUCUGGGGGCAUGAACAAAUUAUUACAAUAUGAUUACACUGAUUACAAUUGUAUAUUAUAGGUGUAUAUAAUGUAAUAUGACUAGUGAUUAAGUUUGACAUUGAGAAGUGCAACACCACAAGAUGUAUCAUCAUGAAAAUGUAGGAUUUGUUACAUAUUCACAGUACAGUCUCACACUGGAUCAAAAGUAUAGAAAACCGUAGGAUAAUAAUAAAAAAAAAUCAUCGAUUGCGUAACGAUAACGAUUUCAUGUACAUUUGUACGAAAGAUCGAUAUCCAGAAUUCGUCUUCAGUAGAUGCUUUAGUUAAUUAAAAAAAACAACUUUUUUCCCAAAAUUUUCCAAAACAUAAAUAAUGGAUGUAUAUUUGUAUAAAGACGUUGAAAAUGAAUCUUAAUAUGUGCAUGUAGUCUUUUUUUUUUCAAAUGUCCUUUUUUAACUUUUAUUACCUGUCAAACACUUGAUAAUUGUACUCUUAAGUAGUACUAGCUCAUGAUUAUGUUGUAUGCAUGUUCAAGGCCAGACUUCUCAGCCUUGUGUAAAAUUAUGUCACAUAAAUGAUAUAUAAAUAUAUGCUUUCUGUCUUA